UAUAGUAUUUGUAAUCUACAUAUGUCUGUCACCUUAAUAUAUAAAGCUUCAAUGCCAGAUGUAAUGAUAACUUCUUAAACUAAACACCAUUCUACUCUAGUUAUACAUUCUUCAUUGGGUAUCUGUCGGUUUUCCGUAGAACGAAAUUAUAAUAGCUAUUCGUUGGUGCUAUCAAAUCAAACUCACCACGACCAAUCAUGGCAGAUAUCAAGCCUUAUACUAUUGCAAUCGAUGAAGAGCGUUUAGAUGACUUAAAAACGCGACUGUCUCUCGCCAAGUUUCCAGACGAACUUGCUGAGGCGGGGUGGGAUAUGGGAUCUCCUCUUGCUGAUGUCAAGAAAUUUGUGAAAUAUUGGCAAGAGUCAUACGACUGGAGAAAGGCAGAAGCGGAGCUUAACAGCGUGCCACAUUUUGUUACAGACAUCCAGUGCGAUGGGUUCGAGCCUCUAGCAAUCCACUUCAUUCAUGUUCGUAGCAAGGUAAAAGGUGCAAUUCCCUUGCUGUUCAUGCACGGUUGGCCAGGCCACUUCCAAGAGGUCUUAAAGGUAUUAAAACCUCUGACUGAAGACGGAGACGGUGUUAACUACCCCGCGUUCGACAUCGUCGCGCCGUCGUUGCCGAAUUUUGGGUUCUCCGAGGGUCCGAAGAAGCGGGGUUUCGCUUCGGAGCAAUAUGCCGAAACCAUGAACAAGCUCAUGCUAAAGUUGGGAUAUAAAGAAUAUGUCACGCAGGGAGGCGACUGGGGGUGUCACAUCAGUAGGGCUCUCGCACAUCUAUACCCGCAAUACUGUAAAGCGACGCAUCUGAAUUUCAACUCUGCAAAUCCCCCGAGCUACUUCACGAACCCGAUUCUUGCUCUCCAGCAUGCAAUCUUACCCUAUAGCUCACGAGAACAGCGCGGCGUAGGUCGUUCCAAAUGGUUCGAUGAACAAGGCCGGGGGUAUAACUUGGAGCAAUGCACCAAACCGCAAACACUCGGCUACGCGUUAGCAGAUAGCCCAGUAGCAUUGCUAGCCUGGAUCUAUGAGAAGCUUCACGAUUGGACGGAUUCGUACCCCUGGACAGAGGAGGAAGUCUGUACUUGGAUCAGCAUCUACUGGUUCAGCACGGCGGGUCCCGCCGCCAGCGUCAGGAUCUACUACGAGACGACGCAGAAUAUUGACGGUAGGAAGGACAAGUUGGACCAUCAGCGCCUGAGGGCGUGGUCUCCAGGUGUAAAACUUGGUUUCAGCCAUUUCCCCAUGGACAUACAAGUACAACCAAGCACGUGGGUGCGUACGCUGGGUAAUGUGGUUUUCGAAAAGGAGCAUGAAAGUGGCGGCCACUUCGCCACCUGGGAGCGACCGGAUGAUAUUAUCACUGAUGUAAGAGAGAUGUUUGGGAAAGGGGGUGGCGCCUUCGGUGUCGUAAAGGAUGCCACGGGAUACGCUUCGUAAUUCCCUAGCUUGGACGGAGGCGUUAGGCACUAUUUUUCGUGACCAAAGUCAAUAUAUAACCUCGCAAAGUCGGGCGUUAUUCUAUAGGACCUGAGGUAAUAUAACGAUGAUAGGGAGCUUUAGCACAGCGAAAUAUAUGGUCAAUUUCAGAUUAGUACCCUAGGCACCUCCAUGCCACGGCGAGUUGAAGGAUGAUGACACGGAAAUUAAACUGUUUAACCCUUUAAUUGUGCUAAAAUGCGCCCCCUUUCCAACUUGGAACAGCA